GAGAGAGAGAGAGAGAGAGAGAUGACAGUCAGUAUAGUCGGUGUAUAGGAAGUCCGUCAGGUUUGUGCUGUAGUGUUGUGUAGCUCUUCUGUGUAUAUUUUAGUCACGCAUUUCUUUGUGUUUCCGCUGGUAUAUGUUGGGUUGUGUAUUGGUGUCGGUGGUGGUGAAUGCGUGAGCAGUACUGGGUUCAGCUCUAUCGAUUUUCGGUGUUCUUGCCUGUCUGAGCACACCUACAGGACUGGACUCGUAUCAUCAUGGACAAAGCAGAUUUCCUGAAAGGACUACCUGUGUAUAACAAGACUAACUUCAGCCGAUUUCACGCAGACUCUGUAUGUAAGGCAUCGAACAGAAGGCCGUCAGUGUAUCUUCCUACACGAGAGUAUCCCUCAGAACAAAUCAUAGUCACAGAGAAGACGAACAUUCUCUUGCGUUACCUUCAUCAACAAUGGGACAAAAAGAACGCAGCUAAAAAGCGAGAGCAGGAGCAAGCAGAAGGGGAGAGUGGCAGCCCGGCACCUCCUCGCAAAAUCGCCCGAACAGACAGCCAGGAGAUGAACGAGGACUCUUAGAGGAACCCUCCAACCAACAGCAGACAGACUCGACAAAGCCCAGCUCUCUCAGAACAUUCAAACACCGACACACCACACAGGAACUUCACCUCCGAAAGAACGAAACGAAAACAAUGUGACUUACGGUGUGCUUUAUUAUACUGAGUGCUUCCUGAUGCGGUCAGUGUCCCUCACUCAGACUGUCUGUCCGGAUGGGAACACGCCGCGGGCACGACUGGCUUUCACUUUUCAGCUUUGAUGGAUCUGCUGAAUUCUGAAGGGCGGUGGGGGGGUCGGGGAAAGCGAUAUAUAUUUAACAAGCACAUAAUAAGGAAUGUCCAGAAUGCGUGCUGUGAACUGUUGUGAGAAGAUAUGAUUGUUAGGACACUAAGGCAAUUUAAGUUUCAAAGCACCCUCAUUAAUUUAAGCUGAGACCCUUUGCUUUCCUCACAUACACAGAAACUCAGCACACUCGUUGUCCAAAGGAAAUGCUCUAAAGCCAAUUUAGAUGUAGGAUUUUGUGUGGGUAAUAUGUUGGUCUUCCUAACAAGUGCAAACUUGAGCAUGAAUGCACUGUUAGGACUGUUUAUCCAUCACCUAUGUCACAGGAUAAUGAUUUUGUAAACAAUAAACUAACUCUUCCCUCCGAAUAUACGCUUAUAGUGCUGUCCACUGCCUUCCGAUAUUUAUGAAUUACUGGUUCUUAUCUGAAGGAAACCUCGUGUGAUGAUCCUUUUGCAUUUCCCAAGUUAGACAUCACUUAUGCCUCUGCUUUGUUAUCUGAAUUUGUACAUUUUUGUGCUGCAGUUCAAAGAUUUGAGGUUCUAAUGUGUAGCGGUUCAUCUCUUAACCUGCAGAGGGAGACAGUGGGCUGUGGUUGUGAGGAUCAGGUACAAUAAAAAGGGCCAACAAUGUAUCCAUAGUACUUUGUGCCUAUGUUUGGACUGGAGGCACAAUGUUUGGAGAUGUUGAGUCAGCAGUUUAUUGUCUUGGGCAUUUCAGGUUCUGUACUGGAAACGUUUUUUGGUGUGUUAUUAAAAAGAUUCAGGGUUUUGAAACUAUCAAGAUUAACAAAGCAUGCAUGCAUGCGUUUGACUUUGACGAAAGUGUUGAGUGAAGGCUUUUAAAAGCUCUUGGAUUUUAGUGUCCUGUAAAGGGGACUGUAAAGUGUGCUAAGUGCAGCCCAUCUUAAAUCUAGUCUAAAUCCUGCUCCAUGUGUUACAGCGUUACAACCACUAUGACUGCAAAUAUACCUACAUUUGAAUUGUAUUUUUGUUUGUUUACUUCCCAGGUUCCAUGUCUGAGGUUUAACUAUUUUUUUUAUUAUUUUGAGUCAAAAUAAAGGUUUAAAAUUG